AUGCCUGAGUGUGGUUCAAUUGUGGACGGGGUCGUGCGAUACCCUCCUUCUGGGAUCAAUGUUAUCAUUGUUGGCGCAGGCCUGGGAGGCUUGCAGGCAGCCGUUGAGUGUUGGAGGAAGGGUCAUGAGGUUCGAAUUCUUGAGAAGGGGGAGGCGAUUUCCGAGGCCGGUGAUGUUAUCAGACUCGGGCCUAACAGCUAUGCCACCUUGAAGGAGUAUCCUAAGAUGCUCCAGGAAUGGGAUCAGUUCGCCUUUGACCCCGAGGCAUGCUUCUGUCACCGUGACGGACGAUUCGCUGUGCCGAAGGCUGAAGUCGAGCAUCACCUUCCGGGAGUUGCCACACAUGUGAUAUGGCCCAUCCGAGCAAAGCCGAUUGUCAGCCGACGAGAUCUUGCUAUGAUGCUUCUUAGUCAAUGCAAGCGAUUGGAGAUUCCUGUGACAUAUGGUGUAGAUAUCACCCGUUACUCGGAAGAUGGAGAGGGUAGUGCCACCGCCCACGCCGAAGAUGGCCGCAGCUUCACCGGGGAUGUUGUGAUAGCGGCAGACGGCAUCGGCUCCAAGAGCUGCAGUGUGACCUUGGGCAAGCCGGUUCGCGCAGUGAGUACAGGUUACUGUGCUGAUCGUGUCAUGUACUCGACCGACCACAUCAAAGAUGCUCCUGCUCUGCAAAAAGCGAUCGCUGAACUCCAACGACCUCAGAUGCGCAUGUAUACAGCCCCUGAUAUGUAUAUUGUCUUUCUCUUGUCAAAGACUCACAUCUUUCUCGGCAUCACGCACAAGGACGAUGGCACGGCUGUGGAAUCCUGGUCAUCGACCGUGACCCCUGCGCAGACGGCAGCCGUGAUGCCCGACAAGGAGGGCUGGGAUCCAGUUCUCAUGGAGGCGAUUCACAGCACCCCACCCAACACUGUUGUGCGGUGGAAGCUAUGUUGCCGUAACACCCAACCAAAAUGGCACUCCGAGGGUGGCCACAUCAUUCAGCUCGGUGAUGCAGCCCAUAGCUUCAUCCCAUCAUCUGGAAACGGGGCAUCUAUGGCUCUUGAGGACGCCAUGUCGCUUCCCGAGUGCCUAAGACUGGGAGGCAAAGAUCACAUACCUCUUGCCGUUCGAGCUCACCAGCUUCUCAGAUAUGAGCGUACUUCGCUUCUGCAACACAAUGGUUUCGUCAACAGGCGUCAGGUCCACCGCGACAUGAACGAGAUUCUAAAGGAUGAAAGGCAGCCCAUGCUCCUCGGAAAAUGGGUCUGGACUCACCAUGCCGAAAAGUAUGCCACGGAGAAUUUUGGAGAGGCGUGUACGGCAAUCAACUUUGGUAAACCAUUCAAGAACACCAAUUUGCCUGUAGGCCAUGAGAUCCAACCUUGGAGUAUCGAAGAAGAGGAAGAAAAGGAGAAGUCUGGUAUUUUCAAUGAGGAUCUGAAGAAUACUGGUGACUGGGGAUUGGCGUGA